UGUAAAUUGUGUAAUAUUUUCCCAAACUUAAAGUAUUCACCGAGUGAGCUUAAUUGGGCCCGAGGCCUGCCAACGCUCUCCCUCCCACCCACUCCGGUUGUGAAAACCGAAUGGCGGUGAACGGAAAGCUGUUCAGAGAUCAGCCCAAUCAGAAUGCUUUCGCUGCAGAAUCAACGGCAACCGAAAACAAGCGCCCUGGUGGACGACUAUGAAAUCUCGGACACCGUGCUGGGCCUGGGCAUCAACGGAAAGGUGGUGCAGUGCACCAAUCGGCGCACCAAACAGAACUACGCCCUCAAGGUGCUGCUGGACAAUGAGAAGGCCCGGCGCGAGGUCGAUCUGCAUUGGCGUGUCAGCGGCUGCAAGCACAUCGUCAACAUAAUCGAUGUCUACGAGAAUACGUACAGCGGCCGCAAGUGCCUGCUGGUUGUGAUGGAGUGCAUGGAGGGCGGCGAGCUCUUCCAGCGCAUCCAGGACAAGGCCGAUGGGGCGUUCACGGAACGCGAGGCGGCACAGAUAAUGCACGAGAUCUGUGCGGCGAUAGACUAUCUGCAUAGUCGCGAUAUCGCGCAUCGCGAUCUUAAGCCCGAGAACUUGCUCUACACCACAUCCCAGCCAAAUGCGAUCCUGAAACUGACAGACUUUGGCUUUGCCAAAGAGACCUUCACCAACGACACCCUCCAGACGCCCUGCUACACGCCGUACUAUGUUGCUCCCGAAGUGCUGGGACCCGAGAAAUACGAUAAAAGCUGCGACAUCUGGUCGCUGGGAGUGGUCAUGUACAUUAUUAUGUGCGGCUUUCCGCCGUUCUACAGCAACAAUGGCUUGGCCAUUUCGCCGGGCAUGAAGAAGCGCAUCCGCACCGGGCAGUAUGAUUUUCCCGAUCCAGAGUGGACGAACGUUAGCCAGUCGGCCAAGGACUUGAUCAAGGGCAUGCUGAAUGUGGAUCCCAGCAAGCGUUUGCGCAUCCAGGAUGUGAUACGCAACAAGUGGAUUGCCCAGUAUAAUGCUGUGCCACAGACACCGCUCUGCACUGGCCGCAUGCUCAAGGAGGGUGAGGAGACCUGGCCGGAGGUGCAGGAGGAAAUGACCCGAUCCCUGGCCACCAUGCGAGUGGACUACGAUCAGAUGCAAAUCAAGGCGCUGGACAAGUCGAACAAUCCGCUGCUGACAAAGCGAAGGAAAAAGAUUGAGGAGAUCUAUGGAACAAAUGCCACGGCACGAAACUAGACAACAACAAAACGCAAACAGAGCAACAAGAAAACAUACAACAUGCUACAUACUACUACGGCCAAUCCCCGAGUGAGAGUGAGGAGCAGUAAGGAGCAAGAAUAGGUAGAAAGGAGUAGGAGUAGGAGUAGAAUGGAGUACACGCGGGCACGACAGAGGCCAUCAAAUCAGACGAUGGUUGUUUUUACCACAUAAGAAAGGACAACGUUGCAGUGCGCUGCAUAAGCUAAUGCUAUAACUAGCGACAGCCACUACUACUACUAUAACUAAAAACUAAACAAACUACUCCAUGAUGUUGUGUUACGUUAUGUCUUACGUUUUCUUUCCUUGUCCAUUUAUCUAAUGUAUGUAUUGUGUAUGUAUAAUCCAUUUCCAGGAUAAAGGUUCUUAGGGUAUAUUUGUAGUCUGAAAAGUGCUAUUUUUUUUGGAGAAGAAAAGAAAAAAAAACAUACUUAAAAAACCAACUCUUAACUAAGCAAAGAAAACAAAAAGGAACAUGCAGAGAGCCAAGAGCAAGCCUAGCUAGCUAGCCCAUCAUCCCCUUCUUCCCCCUUCUCCCCACCAUCCCCAGUUUUAUCUGCUGCAUUUUCGUAUGCUUCAGUCUCGUUUUCAUUUUUUAAGCGUGUUUGAUUUGUAAUUCACCAAAUUUUGUUUUUAUUUUGUCUGUACUUUCGACUUUUGAUUAUGUUAUAUCAAUAUAUGUAUGUAUGUACUGCGUGUCUGUAUACGGUACGGGUGUACAACAAAUUAUAACGAUUAUAAGCCAGUUAACGUAAACGUAAACGUUAGGCUAGCUGCCUGCUGUCCUGUCCUGCCUGCAAAUUUCAAUGUUUUGUUGGUUAUCAUAUCAUUUGCUGACUCUGCAAGCGAUAUACCAUUUUACCGUAUAGCGUAUUUUGUAGUUUAUAAACAAAAA